AUGUGGCGAUUCAAUGAAGAUUUGCUUUUUCUAAUAUUUGAAAAAUUAAAAAAUGAUAAAAAAUCACUUUAUUCAUGUCUUUUAGUUAAUAGAACUUGGUGUGUAACAGCGGUGCCAUUUUUAUGGAGAAAUCCUAGUCAAUUUUAUUAUGCGACUGAUAAUUCAAAGAAUAUACUAUAUAACGUAAUACUUUUACAUUUAUCGGAAGAAUCAAGAGUAAUUUUGAAGAAUCAAGGAAUGAAUAAUCUUAUUACGGAGACAACAUAUCAGCGUCCUUUAUUUGAUUAUAUUAGUUUUUGGAAAUAUUUAGAAUUGUAUAUCCUAGAAGAUGUAAUUUCUUCGAAAAUGAUUGAAAAAUCAAAUGCACCUAUUUUAAGAAACGAGAUAUUAAAAUUAUUUAUUAAUAAAAAUACUAAGUUUAUUCAACUUUCAAUCCCACGUUACUUUGAUUAUCAGCUACAUCUUAUUCCGGAGGCUAAAUGUUGCUUUUCAGAACUUGGAUUCUUUCAUUGUGAUGUUAAAAUUGAUCAAAAUAUUUUAGAAGGAUUGGCUAAAAUAUGCAAAUCAAUUAAAAAAAUUACAUUAUAUAUUACGGCUUAUGAUAAUACUGAUAAUUAUGGGAUCUUUAAAUUAAUUGAAGUACAAAAAAGUUUAAAUGAAUUCUGUUUAUUCGAUAUUUCAAGCUCUAAACAUGAAUCAUUUUAUAAAUCUCUUGAAGAAUCAUUAAUUAAACAUGCAGAUACUGUCCAAUAUUUGAGAAUUAGUUGGAAUCCUACUACAAGAUUUCUUUCGUACUUUGUGAAUUUACUAUAUUUAGAAAUUCAUAAACCAUAUUUCAGAAAUUGGAAUGAUCCAAAUAAUUUAAAGAAUUUGUCAUUACCUAAUUUAAAAAUUUUAAAGGUUGAUUAUGUUCCAUUAAUUGCUACAGUAAAUUUAAUUGAAAAUACAACAGGAAAUCUUUCUGAAAUUAGUAUACAUUGUGAUAAUGUCAUACAUUAUGUUGAUUGUAAAAUACUUAUUCAAGCAAUUUAUCAAAAUUGUCCAAAUAUUAGGAUUUCACAGAAAGGUAUAAUUUUGAUUGAUCAGCAAGAAUUUCCAAGCAAGGGAGAAUUAAUUAAAGAAAAAAAAUUAAAAUUGAAAGCCUCAGCCAGACCGGUUGACGGAGUUUGA